AUGAACAGUAUAAAAGUAAUAAAUGAUGUAUUCGAGAUAGAAUGGCUCCAAUUAGAACCGGAUGUAAGGAAAGAUUUAUUAAUAAUCACAAGAUGUGGUACCAUUCCUAUUGAAUUUACGAGUGCCUACGUUAUCCCUAUGAACCUUGAUUCGUUUGUAGAUUUACUGAAGACAUCAUAUUCGGUAUAUAAUAUACUUCAGCAAAUGAGAGAUACAAGUAUUUAAAAAUAA